UGCAGCAGCAAGUCAUUCGUAUACUCGCAGUCUAACGAUAUUUAGUUAAAAGUACUGUCGCGUGACUGCUCGCGUAAGGUCUCGCCCUCAUCAUGGAAACAUGGAUAUUACUGUCCAUCUUAGCUGGCACCAUCGCUAUAUACCACUUUUUCUUUAAGGGUUUAAACUUUUUCAAGAAACAUGGAAUUCUUCAUAUACCACCGUGGCCUGUUGUGGGUAACAUGGGACCAGCCUUUCUCCGCCAAUUGUCAUUGGCCGAACUCGUUGGAAAAAUCUAUAAUUUAAAUCAAGACGCCAAAUAUGUUGGUUUCUUCGACGGCAUGAAUCCAGUAGUGGUGAUUCGCGAUCCGGAUAUCAUCAAGUCCAUCGGCGUGAAAAAUUUCGAGAUGUUUCCUGAUCAUCGCAGCUUUAUAGACGAAGUUAAUGAUCCCCUAUUUGGCAAAAAUCUUUUUUCACUUCGCGGUGAAAAGUGGCGAGACGUGAGAACAUUAUUGAGUCCAGCUUUUACAUCUAGUAAAAUGAAAACUAUGUUCCAAUUGAUGUCAGAUUGUGGCGCCAAUUUUGCUGACUUUCUUGUUAACUUGCCGUCGGAUAAAAGUAUUAUUGAAAUGAAGAAUUGUUUCACCAGAUAUACGAAUGAUGUGAUCGCGACUUGCGCAUUCGGAAUUAGCGUCGAUUCUAUGAGAAAUCCCGACAACGAAUUUUACGUUUACGGAAAGGAAGCUACAUCUUUUGACACUGUGCGCACCAUAAAAUUCUACCUUGUUAGAAGUAUGCCUUAUAUUACAAAAAUGUUGGGCCUUAAAUUUGUCAACGACCAUAUAGGCCGAUUUUUCAAGAAUCUUGUAAGAAGCAUGAUACAGACCAGAGAUGAGCAGAACAUCGUGCGACCGGACAUGCUGCAAUUAAUGAUGGAGAGCAGAGGAAAAAGAGGACCCGGAAAGGAACUAACAAUUGAGGACAUGACCUCGCAAGCGUUUAUCUUCUUUUUUGGUGGUUUCGACACUGUUUCCACCUUAAUGUGCUUUGCCGUUCACGAAAUCGCUGUCAAUCCGAAUAUUCAAGCAAAACUGCGCGACGAGAUCGAUCAAGUUCUUAAAACAACAAAUGGAGAUUUGACUUAUGAAGCAGUGAAUGGAACGCAAUAUUUGGAUGCUAUCAUCAACGAGACUCUUAGAGUAUGGCCUGUAGCUGUAUUCCUCGAUAGAAUAUGCGCGCAAGAUUUCGAGUUACCUCCAGCGCUUCCUGGAGACAAACCUUUCGUUAUUAAAAAAGGAAGGAGUGUUUGGUUCCCUGUUUACGGUCUUCAUCGAGAUUCAAAGUACUUCGAGAGACCGAACGAGUUUGAUCCCGAUCGCUUUUUGGAUGAAAAUAGGAAAAAUAUGAAUAUGGCUGCUUAUAUUCCGUUUGGACUCGGCCCAAGAAUGUGUAUAGGCAACAGAUUUGCACUGUUGGAAACCAAAGUCAUGAUAUUUCAUUUAUUGGCCCGUUGCGAAUUGAAACCAUGCGCGAAAACAACUCAUCCGAUGCGAUUGAAUAAGGCGAGUCUUACUAUGUUGGCGGAAGGGGGAUUCUGGUUAAAGAUUGAAAAAAGAAGUAAUUCUUAUAUUGAUACACUUGUCAAGAAUGUUAAAAAUGGUGUAGCUAAUGUGUUCACGAAACGUCUCGUCGUCAUGGAAACAUGGAUAUUAUUGUUUAUCUUAGCUGGCACCAUCGCUAUAUACCGCUAUUUCUUUAAGGAUUUAAACUUUUUCAAGAAACAUGGAAUUCUGCACAUACCACCGUGGCCUGUUUUGGGUAAUAUGGGACCAACUUUUCUCCGCCAAUUAUCAUUGGCCGAACUCGUUGAAAAAAUCUACAAUAUAAAUCAAGACGCCAAAUAUGUUGGUUUCUUCGAUAUCAUGAAUCCAGUGGUGAUGAUUCGCGAUCCGGAUAUUAUCAAGUCCAUCGGCGUGAAAAAUUUCGAGAUGUUUCCCGAUCAUCGCACUUUUAUAGACGAAAAUAGUGACCCUUUAAUUGGUAAAAAUCUUUUUUCACUUCGCGGUGAAAAGUGGCGAGACGUAAGAACAUUAUUGAGUCCAGCUUUUACAUCUAGUAAAAUGAAAGUUAUGUUCAAGUUGAUGUCAGAUUGUGGCGCCAAUUUUGCUGAUUUUCUUGUUAGCUUGCCUUCGGAUAAAAGUAUUACUGAAAUGAAGGACUGUUUCACCAGAUAUACGAAUGAUGUGAUCGCGACUUGCGCAUUCGGAAUUAGUGUUGAUUCUAUGAGAAAUCCCGACAACGAAUUUUACGUUAACGGAAAGGAGGCUACAUAUUUUAACAUUCUGCGCGCCAUAAAAAUUUACUGUAUUAGAAGUAUGCCUUUUAUUACAAAAAUGUUGGGCAUUAAAUUUAUCAACGAUCGUAUAGGCGGAUUUUUCAAGAAUCUUAUAAAAAGCACGAUACAGACCAGAGAUGAGCAGAAUAUCGUGCGACCGGACAUGCUGCAAUUGAUGAUGGAAAGCAGAGGAAAAAGAGGACCCGGAAAGGAUCUAACAAUUGAGGACAUAACUUCGCAAGCGUUUAUCUUCUUUCUUGGUGGUUUCGAUACUGUUGCUACCUUGAUGUGUUUUGCUGCCCACGAAAUCGCUGUCAACCCGAAUGUUCAAGCUAAACUGCACGACGAGGUUGAUCAAGUUCUCAAGGCAACGAAUGGAGAUUUGACUUACGAAUCGGUGAAUGGAAUGCAGUAUUUGGAUGCUGUCAUCAACGAGACUCUUCGAUUGUGGCCUGUGCAAGUAUUCGUCGAUAGAUUGUGCGUGCAAGAUUUCGAAUUACCUCCAGCACUUCCUGGAGACAAACCUUUCGUUAUUAAAAAAGGAAUGAAUGUUUGGUUCCCUGUUUACGGUCUUCAUCGAGAUUUAAAGUACUUCGAGAGGCCGAACGAGUUUGAUCCCGAUCGCUUUCUGGAUGAAAAUAAGAAAAAUAUAAAUAUGGCUGCUUAUAUUCCGUUUGGAAUCGGUCCAAGAAUGUGUAUAGGCAACAGAUUUGCAUUGUUGGAAACCAAAGUCUUGAUAUUUCAUUUAUUAGCCCGUUGCGAACUAAAACCAUGUGCGAAAACAACUUAUCCUAUGCGAUUGAGUAAGACAAGUUUUGUUAUGCAGGCGGAAGGCGGAUUCUGGUUAAAGAUUGAAAAAAGAAGUAAUGCUUAUAUUGAUACAUUUGCCAACAUUGUUAAAGAUGGCUAAUGGUUCCAACAAAUUAAUGAUAUUUUUAUUGAAGAGAUCUUUUUAUAUUCUUGAUAAUUUCAUCAUUUUCAAUCAAUUUUAUCAGCAUUAUUAUUAAUGUAUAAAAUAAUAUGAAAUUUUGUUACAUGUGUUUAGUCAUGUGUUAUGAAUAGUUUUAUAUUAUUUCAUAAAACAUUCUAUAUUUGUAUUAUUGGAUGAAAUCUGCAUGUACAUUUGUUUUCGAAAAAUAGCAAUACUCUUUUUUUCAUACCUUUUCCAAAAUAUCGUAAUACUCUUUCUUGUACAAUAUUUCUGUGUUUGGAGAAAAAUGUUACAUUUUUUUGUAACGGACUUUACAUAUCUAAUUGUUUAUUUCAAUCUAAUUAUUGAUUGAUAAUGAUAUCUUUGUUUAAUUGUUUUAUGCCUUAGUAUUGCUUUUCGCAUCGCAAUUGCAAUUAUCGUGCAUUUAAUAUUUUACUAUUUCUAUGUAGAAUUUAUUUUUUAUAUGUUACAUUGUUUUCCUUUUUUCCAUAUUACAAGCUAUAUUUUGCCAAAAUUGUAAAUAGUACAUGUAUAAUGCGGACAUGUAAGAAAAAGAUAUUUGAUCUGCGAGAAACUAAAAUAUGAUUGAUGUAACGAUAAUUAUUAUUGUUAACUCUAGUCUCUGAUAUAGUGUAUUUUAUAACAAUUAAUUUAAUUAAAUAUUUAUCAGAAUAGUAUAUUUUUAGGUAUGGGAUAACACGGUCGCUUUUUUGCACGUGAACUUGACGCGAGACACGACCAUGUCUCUUGAUAAAUCAAGUUUAAAACAAUUAUAAAUGUAAUCAUUCGAUGAUUAAGUAAGGAAAGUAAACAUAGUGCCAUAUUUUAGAAUUUUAUUUAUAGACAUAAAAAUAUCAAUUAAAAAUUACGCAUUUUAUAGAUGUCAAUAAAUAGAUACAUAUAUAUU